CCUCGGGUUGAUCGAUGGAUAUCUGCUCCGGUACGGGGUUCCUUUGGCGAUUUGGACCCCAAAGGUUUGUCUCGAGCGGUCUCGUCGUUGUGGGCGGGGAACAGCAAACGGACAAGCCUCAGCAGUUGCAAAAGAUGCUCACCGGUCUGGGAGUAUCCAAUUGCUGGCCAUUGACGUAGUGGCAAACCUUCCGGACCGUAAGCGGCGCACAUGUCGUCUUGGCUGCCAUGGCUGCCGCUCAUUUGGUCUCUGGGAUCCAUAGCGGGGGAACUUCCGACUGAUGUGAGAUAUGAGGUGCAGUCAUCCAAGAAUCGAGAGUUGCAGGCUUGCAGCAGGUCAUGGAAAAAAGAUGACGAGGACGAUUCGGCUCGGGUUGCGAAUGAUCUCGUCUCUACCCGGCCUGCUCCUACCCAACUUUUACGUCGUAACUACGGGGUUCGGGUAGGAACUGUGGGAAAGAGGCAGGUACACAUGCACGGCAAUGACAAAAGGGAAGGAAGAGGGAUAUUCAUCGUCUUAUUUGGGGUUACACAAGGCAACUUGAAAGCAUCAUCUGCUGCAACUGCGGUCUGCAACUGGUUACUGGGAGUGAGGAGAGAGGAGAGAGGCACUGCCCCUAGUAAGGUGAGGUAGGAAGGUAUCAAAGUGGACUUGCUUAUACAGUAAGGUGCAUGAUGACCCUGUAUGACAGGGUACCUCUACCUGCCUUUCCGUCUUUUGGAAUGGAGACGAACGACUCUGUUCU